CACAGAUUGAGGAACUGUACAGUGUUAGUUUCAGAGAUUAGGUGAAUAGCGUUCUAAUAUGCCUUGGAAUGUGAAAUUAAUCAUGAUAUUUUUUGCACUUGGAGACGUGCUGCUGGUUUCGACAGAGCCACUUCGUACAGCACAGAUUCAAAUUGGGAAACCAACUGCAGUGGAAGGGGAGAAGGUUGAAAUCAAAUGUGUAAUAUCAGCUGUGUACAGAGAACAAUCAAACAGCAAGGAGAAUUUGUUCCAUCUGUAUAAAAACAGAGAGAAGAUCAGCUCACUGCCGGAGCCCGGAGGAAUGGCAGCUGUCACAUUUAUAAAACAAGACAUCAGAAAGAAUGACGCUGGAAACUAUACCUGCAUGUAUGGAAAAGAGAAUCCAGGAAAUGUGAAAAACAUCAGCCAUGGUUCUUCAGUUUAUCUCAGUGUACAAGAGUCAAGCUAUCAGCUCACACUUCAGCUAGACAAACACAACCCAAUGGAAGGAAUGGAUGUAUCAUUUAAAUGUAUGAUACCAGCUGAAUUUAGAGAUGCAGCAGGAAAAGAGGAUUUUUUCCAUCUGUAUAAAAAUGGAAGCCUUGUCGAUUCACAACCCGAUCCCAAAGGCUUACCAGGUGUUGAGUUUUCCAUAAAAAAUGUUAAGAGGAGUGAUACUGGAAACUACACCUGUGUGUAUGGAAAAGAGAAGCUUGUGAACUCAACAAACAGCAAACGCAGUCGCCCAGUCUACCUUCAUGUGACAGACUAUAUGACAACUCCAUUCCAACAAAAACUGACAGGAGAUAUGAUAACUCCAACCACAUCUAUCAAGACCCAACAGACAAAUGAGACAGAGUCGUACGGGCUGGGGAAUGACAUCAGAAUCUUCCUAUCCCUGGGGAUCCUUCUUGUGAUCUCAGUUAUUGUGGGGGAAGACUUCAGUAGCAGACAGAGGAAGCACCAUGGGGAUGACACCAAUGGACAAUAAACUGGCCCAUCCUUCAAUGCUGUCCUUUGAUCUGCAGUGCAGGUGUAACAUAUCUUGUAAUACGACACAAACAGCUCACAAGUUACAAAGAAAUAUCCAGCGAGGAAAAGGAGAGAGCUACAAAAAGCACCACUUUGUGAAAGCAAAGUAAAAGUGUUGCUAUCUUGUGUUCUCUGCGAACAUGUUGUGACGGGGAGCCCCACCCCUAUGUAUAUUUGUGCACUAUUUUUUAUGAUUUAUUUGUAUUAUGAUUUAUAUUAUAUAUGACGUCGAAAAGCCAUGUUUUGUUUUGUUUGUAGGACGACCGUCCGCCAUUUCUUGUUUCUGUUUUUAAAUGCCUUGUGGGAAUGCGUGACUAUCAGCUACUGAUUAUUUAACUGGCUGACAGUCACACAGACUUAAUAAACUUGUGCAGACGAUGACCGAGGGGUAAUAAGAUCAUUAAUAGCUAGUUAACCCCUCGGCCAGAAUGUAAAAGACCUGCAGUUUGGCUGCACACAGAGAAGUGUGUUCGUGAGUGGAGAACGGGUGAGGAUUAAUAAUAAUAAUAAUAGUAAAAAGAUAAUAACUAGCAUACUGUUACUCUGUAUUGUUUGUUUGGCCAACGUGCUCUUUUGUUUUGAAAGUGUAUUGUGUUUGUAUUAAAUAAAGCACUGAGCACCGUAACGUCUCAG